AUGAGUCCCAUUCGGAUUCGUAGGAUAUCAGAGUCUUCAUCCUCCGAUGGUGUCCAAAAUCGUCGUCCCAAUGUAGAAGCACCCACGGACUCUGAUACGGAUUCCUCUAGCGACGACAGGGAAUCCAUUGACAAAAGAGAGCCGAUCAAGGUUGGCAUAACGGCCGAAACAAAAAAUCUCUACCGAGAGGACUUCCGGGUCCCCUGGCGACUGUGGGCUCCUGGUGACAUCAGGCUCAACUCGGCAUCCACAGCUUCUUCGGCAAAGUUCGCCCUGAUCGUGCGACGAGAAAAGGCGAAUGGUGACGCUGAUGCGACUGUUCUGGUCUUGCAUUCCAUCACCGUCCAGAGCCCACUGAUCAGGAAACAGCUGGGCCCUGUCUUCACAGGGUACCAGGGGUUCAACACAAAUCUGAAGAAAUUGGAGUUUCGGGCCCCUUUUUGGGAAUUCUUCUACCGAUGGGACGAGUUCUGCAAGGUGACGACAAUUCAGGAAGACGGUGAAGAUGGCGAACGUCAUUAUAGGCUUCUGUUUAACAUCAUAAGUUCCGAAAUUGAGCCGCACAUCGAUCAAGCAGAAGACCUGUUAAAGAACCAUGUCAUUUCGUUUGAUUAUGUGUGGGCAAUGUUUGAGCCGGGAACAGAGGUUCAUUGCAAGGAUGGAGACGAUGACCGCUUAUACCUGGUGAAUGGUGGAAGGUACCAAAAGGGCCCUGGAGGCCCCAGGCUUUACAGCAUUUCCUGUCGCUACGUGGAUACUAACGGGGAACGUUUCGGUUACAAGACCGCGUGCUUAAUCAUCCAGGAGUUCGAGAAUGUGAAGCCAAUAUCUGAACUGAAUGUCUUGCCCAGCUACCUGCGCCCAGGCAUUGACGACAUUCGAGUUCGACCGGAACAGAGGGGCCGCACACGUUGUCUGUCGCCAGAGUAUUAUGCUCUGUGCUGUGCUACUGUGAGAGGGUUCUGCCUCAAGGCCAAGGAAUGGGCUACCUUCAGCAUUGACAUGGUGAAGGACAUACAAUGGAGUCAUGAGGCUUUCAACCAGCUCGUCCUACCCGAAGACUAUAAGAAGAUCAUAUGGGCGUUCGUGGACACUCAGUUGUCCGGCUCCGAGGACUUUGAUGAUAUUGUUAGAGGGAAAGGGCGUAGUGUUGUUAUGCUCUUGAGUGGCGAGCCUGGGACUGGUAAAACACUGACUUCGGAAUCAGUUGCAGAUGCUAUGAAGAAGCCGCUGUACAAUGUGAGCGCAGGCGAGCUGGGCGACUCCGCAGACGCUGUGGAGGCUAACCUGCGGCGGGUGCUGGAGUUGUCAACCAAAUGGAGCGCUGUUUUGCUGAUUGACGAAUGUGACGUGUUCCUUGAGAAGCGGACGAUAUCCGACCUGCACCGCAACAAACUCGUAUCAGUGUUCCUACGACUUCUGGAGUACUACCAAGGCGUCAUGUUUCUAACCACAAACCGGGUGGCAUCAUUCGACCCAGCUUUCGAGUCCCGUAUCCACCUUACCAUCGACUAUCCUCGACUGGAUUUCGCAGGCAGGUUGCAUAUAUGGCGCACGUUUGUUUCGAGCAGCAGCGCUGUUGUAGAAGAAGAGCUGGAGGGGUUGUCUCGCAUCGAGCUCAACGGACGACAAAUUAAGAAUGUUGUGAAGACCGCGAGACUGCUAGCGGCUAGAGAACGAGGCCCGCUGGCGCUAGAACACAUAGAAACUGUCUUACGUGUUAAGAAGAUACUUCCAAAGAAGGACGAGACUUGA